GGUUCACACGUGUGCAGAAGGCAAAGCAUCGGAAACGAUUUUAACUGCUUUUAAACUGCAGAUGGUCUUUAAUUUUUCAGGGCCAUGUCUCGUUUUUUGAUAAACACCCUUUUGUCCCACUGUCCCGAACCUGAGAAUUUAAUCAGUACUUUGUGCUGGCCAAGCACUUCAUUGCCUGACAUAGAAAAGAUUGAAGCUUUAACUGUUUUAAUCAAGGAACUUUCCGAUAUAUCACAUUUAGCUCAGGAGGACCGCUUUAUUUGUAAGGUGCAGUCAGUGAUAUGGAAUCAAUGUAUGCCCCUAUUACAAAUGAUCUCGAGAGCAAAUGAUGAAGGUAAGGAUCUACUCACUGCAGUCUGUGGGCUCUUUGCAGUGUGUGUUAGUAUAUGUCAGACUGAUGUACUUGAGCAGGUGAGUCAGAUUCUUCUACCUGUGCUCACGAUGAGAGAUGGUGGCAGUCAUGAAACCAGCAGGUUUGAUAUGGAUGUUGCCAUUGAAGUGACAGCAGUGCUGUUAUCCAGCAUCCCAUACAACAGAGACAUAAUCUGCAGGACUCUGCCUUGCACUCUUUGCUGUGUUAAGGACCUCUCAGACUCGAGGGUGUCUCAAAUUAUAGUUCGGAUCUGGUUUACUAUACUCAAGUCCUCGAAUAAGGAGGCAGAAUCAGAGGUCCUGCAUCACAUAUGGGAGGAUUUACUGUCAUGGCAUCAGAGUGAUCGGACAGAAUCAGUCUCAGCGCGGAUUCUGCUGUGUUUCACUGCUCUGUCUGACCACCUCUACUCUCUGGAAACCGACCUGUCUCCAAAGCGGCCGGACCCCAGAAGAUCUCAAGGUUUUUUAAAGGCAGUUCAGGCCGGAUUGACACACAGAGACAGUGUGACCCGCAAACGGGCGCUUUACCUGCUCACCAGGUGUGUGACACUUGCAGAGAUCAAGAGGGAAGAUGUGGGUACUUGCGAGGAAACUGAUACAGAUGAAAUCCUGUUCAAAUGGGCACCAGAGAAAACACAGUUACUGAGGGAGUUCUGGGAAGAUUAUGCCCUAGUAUUGGAGACUCUAGAGGAAAACCAGAUCCAUGUGAUUCGACCUGUACUCAACAGGAUCGAUAUGCUUGUUGAGACAACGGCAACUGACGUCCAAGGUGAGCUGUUUUCUCCUUCCUGGUUGCUCUGUGUGUAUCAACGCAUGUUUCACAGUGAGAACAAGGCAGUCAUGAAGGAAGGAGUCAAUCACCUGUUAGAACUGAAAGUGCUGCAUCAUCCUGCUUUUGCACUGGCAUUCUCACAGUUUGUGAUUGGUCCACUCAUGGAUGUUCUUGCAGAGAGCUCUCUCUAUCACAGAGCACCUCAUCAGUAUAUUCGAGAAUGUCCAGAGCUGGGAAUGAUGCUCCAGACCUUUAUGGUGAAUUUCUUCAACAGUCUGCCAGACAAGAACAGAGAAUCAGUGCUUCUGCAGCUCAUCCAGCAGUUGGGUUCACGGCACUGGUGUGCUGUCCCAUUGAUGUUCCUGUCCCAGGCUCUGUCCUGUCUGUCCCCCUGUCCUCUCCUUGGCUCUGAUGGACUCCAUGCAUUCAGAGAGGUUCUACGCUGCACUAUGAUUACACACCAGGUUCUUUUGAGAGGAGCUUCGCAAUGUUUUUUGCUCCACGCUGCCCUCUGCCUGACAGAUGUGUCAGCAGUGUCUCUAGAUGAGGUGUUUGACUUCCUUGUGCCUUUUCGAGCCGAUGAGUCUCUGUGUCGGGGAACAGCACUAUGGAGAGAGCUGUGUAUUUGGCUUCAGAAUAAUGAAGGCCAUUUUCGUUUGACUUACGGUGAUUCAGACUCUGUGGAGCUUCACUCCGAAACAUCUAACAGGGACAGAGCUUCUAUAUUCAGUUAUGUUCAGCAGCGAUUAAAGACCUUCCUCACAGUUCCAGCCAGCUCAGAUCAGACAGGAAGUUUCCCUGAUCCAGGAGAGGCGGAGCUGCUGGCGCGGGCUGUACUGCUCUCAGCUGACCUGCCGCAGAGGAGGGAGGAGGAACAGACUGAGACUGCAGGUCUAGAACAGCUUCUGCAACCACUACUGGAUGUCUUAAGCAGACUCAGCACGAACGUCUACCUGGUGCUGCACAAGACAGACAAGAGCCUGCAACUACUCCUGCGACUGCUGCAGCUUUCUUCUGCAGUGAAAGAGAAUGAUGUUGUGGCUGUUGCUUUGAAGACACACAUGCUGUCGGUGGUAGAGUCUGUGCAGGAGUUUCUGCUGAGGAGGUUGAGUGGGGAACUGAGGGAGAUAUGUGACUUGGAGAGGGCUGAACUUUAUCUCUCAGUAUUGAGGGAGCUUGUUCUGACUUACUUCACUGUGUCGUGGUACAGCUCAAAUCUGCAGCAGACCUACAUCCCAAAACUCACCACCAACUGUCGGAAGAUCCUCUCUGUGCCCACUGAACAGACUCCAUCUGUGUCAGGUCAGGUUCAGAGAGUGGUUAGUAUGACCACACUCGCCCUGCUGUGUGAUAUUGCUGAUCAAGGUGACCUGAACUCCCAGUCUGAGGCCAUGAGAUCACUUUACUCAUUGACAGACUACUUCUACCCUUCAUCAUCAUCAUCAUCUCCCCAGCAUCUCAACCAGACGCUACUGAAGCCCACAGCUGCAGCUGAAACCUCAGUCAGUCAUUCAGAGGACAGCCCCGUGCUGAAGGACUGGGGGCGCAUUGUAGCCCAGUUUAUUCGAGAUCAGUGGAAGUGUCUGAGUUUCCUGCAGAAGUAUGUAGGGUCUGCUGGGCCACUUCGGGCCCCUGAAAUUCCUGAGGUCCUGCAGGCAGCGGUGGAGGCUCUGGCGUUACUGCCUAGUUAUCUGGUGCUGCCAGUGCUGGACUUCAUGGCGUUAGUCUUACCUCAGGUGGCAGUGCAGUGUGAUGAAUCUCUGUGUGUGGAGGCCAUCUGUGCAUCAUGGAAGGUGGUUCAGGAUCUGAGCACAAACCCUCAUGACUUCUGGUCCACGCUGCAGGGGUUUGUGCAGUUAGCUUUUCACCAGGGAGUUCUGCAGCUCACAGAGGAACAGAACCCCAAAAUCACGGCCUGCAUACAACAGGUUGUGAAUGAGCUGAUGGAGUUGGCUCAGGUCCGUUCUGGGGUCUUUAAUGUUCUGAUCCAGCAUUGCUGUGAGAUGUGGCUCCCUUCUGGGACAGGAGAGGAUGUCCAGAAAGACUUUGCAUUCAGCACUGCAUUUUCACACCUGCACAUCCUUACUGAAGCCUGCAUUUAUGGACCAGUAUUCAGAAGAGACCAAAGGCUUAUUCAAGAGGUUCAAAGCUACGUUGAGCAACUAGGUGAUAGUUGUGCAGCAAACACAGCUGUCAGCAGUGGGAACAGGGAUGAUCAGUUCCCUCGAGUGUGUGUUUUGGCUUUCCUGUGCCGCAUGAAUCCAUCCAAUCAGCUUCACCAGCGUGUGAUGGAGCAGCUCGUGCAGCGACUGCUGAAGAAGGAUGCAGAGAUUUCAAAAUCCAAAGUACGUUACUAUAGCAACUCCAUCCAGCACAGAGUGAAGAACCGUGUGUGGCAAACACUGCUGCUGCUUCUGCCCAAACUCAGACCGGGGUUUGUGUCGGAGUUUGUGUUGAAUCACGUGUGUGAGGCGGGGUUCUGCAGUAACCAGGCAUCAGUCAAGUACUUGAUAGAGUGGACCCUGAUCCUGAUCCUUCACCAGAACCCAUCUCACAUCCACAACCUGUGGAAAUGUUUCAGUCUGGAUCAUGAGAAGACAAAAACAAGCAUCUGCACCUUUCUUUCUGUCCUUGUGCACUUGAAUGUCCUCCUGCCAAAACUGGAAAAUAAGGAGGUGCAGUGGCGUAGAGCUGUGGAGGUGAUCCUGCAGUGGUGUUUCAGUCAUAACUUCAGUGUCCGUCUCUACGCCCUGCUCGCCCUGAAGAGGGUUUGGGAGCUGGAAGAGGCUCGUGUUCUCACUGAGGAAAACCUGGGAGGUCUGAGCACUGUGGUCCAAGCUUGUUUACAGCAGGCUGAAGCCAUGCAGAACACUGGCAAUGCAAUGAAAAACUGGUCUAGAAUCCAAGAACAUUUCUUCUUCAGUGCUUUCCACCCAAUCAGAGAUUACAGUGUAGAGACAAUAUUUGAGACAUUUCCUCGUCUCUCAGAACUGGCAGAAGACGAGUGGCUUCCAGUGUGGAAAUUUGAAAGCUUUGUUGAUUUUCCCCUGUGUGCCACACUGCCUUUGAAGAACCCUGUGAGGAAUCUGAGUGAGCACCAGCCUGGUGACUGGAUCCAGCAGGACAAAGGUGAGAUGGAGCUGGAAGAACGCUGGGCAGAAGUCCAGAAGAAGAUCACCCCAUGGAAGCUGAGUGUUCAGGAGCAGGAACCUGAGCUUGUAGCCCAACAGAGGGCAGCACGCCUGGGUAAACUCACCAGCACCCUUCUGGUGGUUGCAUCGCUUAUCGAUAAACCCACCAAUCUUGGCGGUCUGUGCAGGACAUGUGAGAUCUUCGGGGCCAAAGCUCUUGUACUGGACAGUCUGCGUCAUGUUAAUGAUAAACAAUUCCAGGCGCUCAGUGUGUCUUCAGAGUUGUGGCUGCCAUUGCUGGAGGUGAAGCCUGCAGAAUUAUCAAACUUCCUGCAACUGAAGAAGAGUGAAGGAUACUGGGUAAUCGGUGUGGAGCAAACAUCAAACAGCCAGAGUUUACAAGAUUACACCUUUCCUGAGAGAAGCCUCCUAUUACUCGGCAAUGAAAGGGAAGGCAUUCCUGCAAACCUGCUGCAACUGGUGGACGUCUGUGUAGAGAUUCCUCAGCACGGUGUCACUCGCUCACUCAAUGUACAUGUGAGUGCUGCCCUGCUGGUGUGGGAAUAUACAAGACAGCAUUUAGGGCAAGGCACUGGAUCAUAACCCACUACAGCCCCUCGGUGCUGGACUUUUUUUUCUUCUGUGUUUUAGCAGAAAAAAUUGGUCAGUAUUUGGAAGAUGUUACAAUGUACACCAUUUUCUGAGAAAGUUCUGUAUUGAGAUGAAAUUAGUUGAAAGAUAGAUCUCGAGAAUUCGCCAGAACUACAUACUUAUCGAAAAGUUGUUUUAUUUGCUGUCUACUGUAUAUCUUUUUUAGUUGAGCACCAGUGUUUCUCAUGGUUUUCUGCUUUAAGAAGGCCAUAACAAUGUGCCUCAACUUCUACUUACUCAUGCAAAGGUGGCAGUGCUCCUCAACUAGAUUUUGCUGGUGAGGUUAUUGGAGCUCUUCCUCUCUUUUGAGUUCUGACCUUGAUUUUUCACUUUUUUUUUCCUUUCUUUUUUUUUUUUUAUACUUUUAAAGGAGUUCAAUUAAUUUGUUUUACCUCAUACAUUAAACAAUUUAAUAUAGUUUUAAAAUAAAUCAUUUUAAAACUGCAUUUCUGCCUCAACCUGUGCCUUGAUGUGUUAAAUCUAUAACGCUAUGUGUAUCAUAUUUGAUGCACAAACAUGAAACUUUGCUGAAAAACAUAUUGUAUGCAAUGUUCUAGAUGUCUACUGCUUCCUGGUGAAAGUUUCUGUGCUCUUCCGGAAGCAGAAGAUCUUGUAAUAUCAUAUCUAAAAUCCUUUCUUUUUGCUGUGAAAUCUUUGCUGAUUUUGAUCAAAUAAAAGUAUAAAUGUUUGUAUUGUUACUGAUAUUUCAAAAUGAGUAUUUACUGGACUAAAGCAAUUUAUGCUUUAAAAUGCUUUGUUUGUACAUUAUUUUAUAGAAAAAAAAUCACACUGAAAUGCGUUUGUCAAAUAUGAUACAACAGGCUCAAACUUUAUUACAUUCCAUUCAUGCCCAUCACAAGGAAAAAAAAAGAAAAAAGCACAGAGCUUUCAUAAUACUGACAUAAGAUAUAAAUAUGAGUUCACACUUUAAAUAUAUGUAUUUUUAUAUAUGCAGCUUGCUCUGUCAUUUUAAAAAUCUUGUUUUACAUUACAAGCCUGUGUAAUGUAUGUAUGGGUCCUGAGACAGAAAAAAAGGGAAUGACAAUUUUGCUUUUUGUAAUGACAAUAUAGUGUUUGGUUCAUUUAAAAAAAAAAAAAAAAAAAAAAUAUAUAUAUAUAUAUGUAUAUACAGUAUAUUAUUCUUUUUGUAUUUGAUGUGCUGAAUUAUGUCAUUUCUAUAGACCAAACUCCCAAACAUUUGGUAUCUCUGAAAAGCCCAGUGUCCUCUUAAGAUACCACACGAUGUACUACUAUAAAUUUAAAUAAAAGUCUGAGUAAAAUUGAAGUCAAAUUACAUUUAGACUGCAUGGAAUGAUGUGUGUUCCCACAUAUUUACAUUGCUUUGUUUCUUUUGGUAAAAUGAACUGUUUUAAAACAGCAUUUUUGUUCUGAAAUAACAUUAAAAAAUCUGUAACACUUUGCAGUAAGGUUCAAUUUGGUAAAAUUAGUUAACAUGAACUAUGUAAAAAUGCACAAUACUUUUACAGCAUUUAAUCUUAAUGUUCAUUUAAACUUACUAAUACAUUUUCAAAAUCAAAAGUUAUAUAUGUUAACAUUAGUUAAUGCACUAUGAACUAACAAUGUAUUUUAAUGAAUUUACAUUACCAAAGAUUAAUGAUUGCUGAAUUUUUUUUAUUGUUAAUUGUUUGUUCAUAAUUCCUAAUGCAUUAACUAAUGUUAACGAAUGGAGCCUUAUUGUAAACUUUUACCAAACAAUCUAAUCAUAUUUACAUGAAAUGAUAUUUGUUCCCAUACAUUAAUAGUGGAAAUAGCUUUUGAAGGCAAAUGUGACGCAUUUAAUUAGCUACAAUCCAUAUUAUAAAGCCUUCAGAAACUACCCAACCGUAUUAAUAGACUGCUCAAAUGAACCAGACACUCAACAAGUCUGAUCCCUCAGUCUUGUGGGGUAAUUUGCAUCGUGAAGUUUUUGAUUUUCCUUGUCAUCGCUGUGUAUAAAUUGAUGGCAGGACCCUGGAGACGCC